GUUUCUUCGUCUUGUAGUUCUGUAUACGUUGAUGGCUCUGAAAUACGUGGUUCAUCAAAUGCUUCAAUAAUCGUAAAAUACGGUACAUAUAUUGGACUUGCAAAAUUUAUAGUUUGGAUGCCAGAAUUUCCACUUGAAGUAUUCGUUAGUGACUAUAGAUUAUCUCAAAUAAAGGGAUGGAAAGUUGUUGAUGAGCAUCAUUAUAUGCAUAAAAAAUCCCGUCGAAAAAAAAGAUCGUUCAUUAAUGGUCAACACAAUACUGGCAUUUAUAACAAUGUUUUACUGGAUAAAAUAAUGUGCAGGGCAAGAUAUCAACAAAGUCCUGUGGAAGUAUAUGCCAAAUUUGUCGCCAUCGAUCAGAACUCCGGUCGUAUCAGCUAUUUUAUAUCACGAAAAACGGGAUUACGUGUAACUGAUUUGGUGCAACCAUUAUUGCGUGUCGCAGACCCUAAAAUUGCUAGUUUGAAGGGCCGAAUUUUGCAAGGAAAAUCCAUGGGACGAACAGAUGUUCAAGUUUUGUCACCAAUCACUGGACGAGUAAUUGGAGCUAAAGAAAUAAGGGUCGGCAGUGAUAAAGUAAGCUUAGUAAAACUAAUUGUACGUGUUGUGUCUGGACUGCAAUUAACAAUAACUCCAGAUAAUACCAUAGAAAAUGGAUAUAUUGCAGAAACCGCUGUGACGCAUAAACUUACAGCUCAAUAUCAAGAAGGACUGUUGGAUAUAGAUCUAGAAUUUUCCGACGGCUCCAAAACUCCAUUAAGGGACAUUUCGGUGGAGGACUACUUCCUUUUAGUAGAGAGUUUAGACACGGAAGUUGUCGCAUUUGCUCCAAUGCUAGCAUCACAUCACCCACGCGUCAUUGCGGUUGGAGAGGGAAAUGGCAAUUUACUUAGGGUGACGUUACUCUUAUCAGAAGACUGUAGAAUGCGUCGCAAUCUUCUGUCUACAAAGCAAUCAAAAUACAACACAUCACCAUUGGCAAGUGCUUUAGCUGCAGUAGAAGUUGACUUCAAUAAUGCUAAUGACAUUGUGAGUAAACAUGAAGUUGUGCAGAAUGAUGGAAUAUAUCGAAGGGAGAAAACUAAAUUUUCAAAUAGUAGAGGAGAUUUAUCGGAUAUUAUAGGGGUACCUCUGCGCGACUCGAGUCAUAAUGAACCCACAGUUCAAGCAAGACAACAUAGGGGAAAUAAUCACUCCUUUAAUAAACUACAUUAUGGAACAAAACGUCCUACAAAAAAUAUGUCUUCAAUUGAAGUAGGCAUGUACGUCUUGUUAACAGCAUUUUGCUUUGCAAUUGUUGUUUUUGUAAUAUCGUGUGUUGUUUAUGCAUCAAAGUUUAAGCCAUCUCACAUAGAAUGUGGUUUAGAUUCCCCGACAUCGCAAAAAAAACCCUUAAACAGUGAUUUAUUAAUUCGUGAUUCAAAAUUUCUAAAAGAGCCUACAACAAAUGCGCACGAUUGGGUCUGGCUAGGACGAUCAACCAUGGAUAGGUCUUCGAUGUUAACAUUUUCAUCUCAAGACCAAAAUAUUAAUGCUAGAGAUUCUAGGAUACGAAUAACAAAUAAUCCAAUUAGCAGUUAUUCUACAAAAAAUUCCAAACCUAAUGAAAAUACUACUACCUCUAUCGGGCAAUCUAAUGGAAUUCUGUGUAGUGAAACCAACCAAGUUAAUAAUGUCAUCAAAGCUUCAAUAAAACCAAUUGAGUAUCGACCUCCAGUGCCACCUCAUCGAAACAUUGGAGUAAAGCAAAAAGCUAAUUCUAACAGCGUAAAUCUGAAUAACAGGGUCACCAAAGAAAAUGUGAACUUGUCACCAAUUGAAUCAAUUCCAUUAUUCAAUGACAAAUGUAGAAUGUCAGACAUUGCACCGAAAGGUGAUCACAUUUCACCUGUGGAUACGUAUAUCGCUGACGUCUAUUUCCAUAAUGGAAAAGCAGUUAACAAAGAAAAACACAAUGCUGAAAAACUUGUUGAUUGUGCUAAUCACAAAAAAAAUGUUUUCCAAUUCGAUACAUUGACACCGAAGAAACAACCAAACUCAUCGGAUGUGCCAGAAAAAGAUACAUGCCCACAUGCACUUCUAAAUGACAUAAAUGUAAUAUCUAGCAAGGACUCCCACAAUUUUAUAAAACCUGAACAAGGACAAUCUUAUCCAAAAAUCAACAGAGUUAAAAGAGCGACCGUUGUUGGAAACCCCAUGUUUUCUUCUACUGCAGAUGGACUUGUUAAUGACACUGAAAGUUUAAGUUUAGAUGAUCUAGAUAUGGAUUAUGAACAAAUUAUGCAUUAUUUUGAUAACUUAAAGGAAUCAAAUGCCUGAGUGCUGAAUAUUAUUAUUACAAUUAAACAAAUUUUACAUAAUUUCCAUCAGCAAUAUAAUAUAUGUACCGAAGCUAGUCUAAAUCUCCAAUAACCCACAACAACAAAAUGGGCGCUUAAAGAAAAGUUAUAUUAUGAAUCCAUUAAAACUCAUUAAUGUUACAUUUAAAAACAAUUCGUAUACAUAAAUACAUACAUAUAUUACCAUAUAUAUAAAUUGUAAAGCAUAAUUCAUUUGUUAAUACAUAAGAUAGUUUGUGUGAUGUCU